UGUUGAACUUGUAGCUGGAGAUGGAUGUGUAAAAUACGUGACUAAGUAUGUGAUGAAGGGUGCAGAUAUGGCUUUUAUUAAAAUUGAACAAGAAGGAAUUGAAGGGGGUGCUUGGCGCUAUGAUGAAUUUCACCAACUGCGUCUUGCUAGAUACAUAACUUCUAUGGAGGCUUUUUUGUCCAUUUGGGGUACAAAAUUGGUUGUUAGAUCACAUAUUGUAUUUAUUUUUUCUAUUUCUUUUUCUAUUUAUUUCGUUUAGGUUGAUGAACUUGAUAUUCACGGACCUCAGGGUCAUCAUGUUGCUGUUGAAGAAGGAAGAGAAUUGGAGAUUGCUGAGGAAGUUCAAAGACAAUUGAAUGAAGGAGAAGAACGC